AUGGACCGUGAUCAUGAUCACGGUCCUCAGGCGCCCGCUAGUUAUCCAGACCACUAUCGACCUCACCAGACCGCCACCCCGCGAGGCAACUUUUCUACCCCGGAAAUGAAUCGGAACCACCAAAACUACCAGGAAAAGGACAAUCUUGUACAUCCGUCGCGAGAAAGUCGUUUUCCUCGCCUUGAGGUGCGGCGCUAUGAGACGCGACAGUAUGGGGCAGCAGCAUACGCCCAAGUACGGGAUAAUUCUGCGCAAAACCCUAUCACACCGCGAAACCUACACUAUUCCGAGCGACUCAAUCGUACACAAUACAGCCAAGGGCGAGACUACGAUAUGCGAGAGUGGAGGGCAGAAAGCAAUAAGGCAUCAUUUAAUCCGGCACAAAGUCCUGCCGUACCCCGACCCAUUCCCACGGCCGGUGCAACGGCAUUAGAGAAUUUGGUCGACCACACCAAAAUUUACCUUCGAUCAAUCAAGGCGAAAAACAUACACUCUGUAGUGAAAACGUUCUGGACUCUUGAUAUCGCACCUAACAAAUACCCUCUAGUGAAAGAAUUGUGGUCUAGUCUUGAAUUUUCGCUGAACCUAUCCGUCGAGAAAAACCUUCGCGGAACUAUCACGAGGAAGUUCAUGUAUCUACACUGCACACCACGGUCGUCUAAUGACCGAGCUUGCCUACUCUUCCAUAUUCUUCCCCUGGAAGAAGUGUAUUUAAAAACCCAUGACGGGAAGCCAUCGUCUUGGGUUUGGUUACAGUUGUCCUCACCCGGCACACCUUCUGGUACUGAAAGUAUUCAAGAGGAGAACUGGCGUACAAUUUUGAAGAAGAUUCAUUUAAUGCUGCUGGAUGCUACUGCUCUUCCCUCGACGUUACAACUGGAGUUAGAAAAUCAGGGCGAUGUAAGAACUAUUCACUCGUUCUUUAAUGGCGGAUCCGCCGCAAAAAGUACCGCCAAAAGUAAGGAAUCCGGGGCUAUGAAGAACGCCCCUGUCGUCGACAAUGAUACAAACACCACCGAGGAGCUACAGCAAGAGAAUCCGAAACUCUUGCCCACCCAAAACGGUAUUGUCAACGGUGGGGGGCUGUUUACUGGAGGGGCAUCUGGAGUCGAUCUCGAAGCCCCUCGGGGGCCACGGCAAAAGAACUCGGUACCCAAAAAAAAACCGACCCCCAAAAAGAACUCAUUUCCCCGAAAGAUCUCGACUCCCCAAAACCCCCGGUUCACCCAAAACGGUACCGCCAACGGCGGAGCAUCUAGAGUUAAAACAAAGUUUUCUGACGACAGUAAUAUUGAAAAACCAGUUCUGCCACGGCAAGGGAAGAGAAAGAAGCAAGAGCCAGAGGUUUCUGAAACCAGCGUGAGCGAUUCCGAACGUCCCCGACAAACUAAAAAGAAGAAGCUAGACCCCGUGCCAAAAUCAGAACCGCAACCAGAGCAGGAACGAAAAAUUCCGGUUGUUAGUAGUGAUACCGAAUCCCCGAAGGAGGCACGACAGAGGAAAAAGAAGCCACUCCCAUCGGAACCGGAGCGAACCGAGGAACCACGGCGGAAAAAGAAGAAAUCACUGCCCUCGCAACCGCAACGCAAAGCUCCUGUUAAUAAUGACAGCGACAGCCCGGAGGAGCCUCGGCGGAAAAAGAAGAUGAUCCUGCCAUCAGGACGGGAGCGAGGAGUUGCUGUUGACAGUGACAGUGACAGUGACAGUGACAGUGAUACCCCAGAGGAGCCGAUACAGAGGAAGAAAAAGAAGGCACGACCAUCAAAACCACGACGAAAGGCUCCCAUUGACAGUGACAGCGACAGCCCGGAGGAGCAACGGGUAAAAAAGAAAAAGAAACCACAGGCUCUUAUUGUGCUGAGUGACAGCGAUACCCCGGAGGAGCCAAAGCGGAAAAAGAAGAAGUCACGGCCAUCAGAACCAGAGCCAGCCCCCCCAGCACCACGCGGGAGGAAGCCGAAACAAGAUAAGGCACGAUCUAUGUCUAAAGCGCCACAGUUAGAACGCACAAAGUCAAAAAGGAAGAAUAAACAGACUCCACCGCCUUCGCCGUCACGCUCCCCGUCACCAGAUCCAAGAACUCCGCCCUCGAAUAAUACCGAUCUCGAAAAUUUGCAGAAACGCCUCGCGGAAAUCGCCGAAGCGAAGAAUGAACUAUUUGUGGAAGAGCUGGAACUCAAGGCAAAGAUGUUACGGCAGAGAAUGCACAACAACAAACUGAGUGGCAGUGAAGGGAAGUCGCUCGGGCAUUUCACCUGCUCUGCCUGUGGCGAGUAUGGGCAUAGGAAGGAUUCGUGGAAGUGCGAAAAGCACCCGGGGAGGCAGAGAGUGUUAUGA